AUGUAUCGGAAAUACAGUAAAAUACAUUACUUUUUGGAUUCAUAUACAGUAAAAUACAUUACUAUGGGAUUCAUAUACGGCGCCUUUUUGGAUGCAAAGAAAGAGAUCUCAGCCAAGUUUGAAAAUGAACAACAAGAAUCUUGUUUUCAAGAAGUGUUGGAUAUAGUGGAUAAAAGAUGGGACAACAAAUUGAAGAGGCCACUACAUAGGGAUGGAUACUUCUUAAAUCCAUACUACUUUUAUGAAAACAAGCUACAAAUUUUGUUGGAUCCAACAUUUAAAGAUGGGGUUGUCAGUUGCAUGGGAAAAAUGGUGGAAGAUGUUCGCCUUCAAGACAAAAUCACAGAUGAACUUAAGGCAUAUCAAGGCGAAGAGGGGUCAUUUGGAAGAGACAUUGCUAAAAGGCAGCGGAAAAACAAAAACUUUGAUCCAGCUGAUUGGUGGUCCAAUCAUGGGUCAAGUGCACCAAAUCUCAGGGUAUUGGCGAUGCGGAUUUUGAGUUUGACAUGCAGCUCCUCGGCUUGUGAGAGGAAUUUCAGUGUUUUUCAGCAGAUUCACACAAAAAGACGCAACAGGCUACUUCAUGACAAAAUGAGAGACCUUGUGUUCAUCAAGUUCAACUCCAAACUAAAGGAAAAGAGAGGGAUGAAAAACAGGGACCCAAUUGAGGACCACACAUUUGUAGAUGUUGUAGAAGAUGAAGGUAAUGAGUGGAUUACUGGUGUUGUGUCUGUUGAAGGAGUGCAAACAGGAGUUGAACCUGAAGAUGUACAAGUUGCACAAUCAACAUCAGGAGGAGAAGUUGCUCCAUCAAAAAGAAAGAUAAUGUCUCAAUCUCGUCCUAGGAAGAAGAAGAAGUUGCUUCCUAUUUAUCGUGAUGAUGAGUUGCAAUCAGCUGAGUCUUCUUCUGAACCGGAAGAUGAUGAAAUGCAUUUACCAGUGAGUGAUUCUGAAUAA